UGUGUUCGGGCGCGAGUUCGGCACUUUUUGAACGGGACUUCAGCUCUGCGUGUGUGUGCGCGUGUGCGUCGUUGUGUGUGUUUACCCGCAAAGCUAUGCUACAAUAUUUGAAGCAACUAAUGCUGAUAUAGAGGAAAAAUUAUCAAAUUAAAUGCAAAGUGAGACAAAAGCAAAGCAAAAACCAAAGUAAAGUCUGCCAUAUUGUGGUUUACCGUUUAUCAGACAGUCGCAAAUACGCCGCUACAUACGUCGGCAAAACAUAUCAAGGAAGGGAUUAAUUUUGACUGAAAAAUUCACUUUAAACAUCGCUCGAGAUAGAAUAACUUUGACAGCAUCAAGCAAAAACGAAUUGAGGCAAACCAAUCGGAACGAACCAUCAUCCAAAAGUGCGUUGCGGUUCCGCCAAUUAAUAUCGAUGUUGAAGCGAAUCAGUGUCAAUCAAGGCGGGGGAAAACGACAGAAAUUUCCCAAAAUAUGCGCCGGCAAAUACAAUCGUCGGACGCUAUAAUGAGCCAUAUCAGUGAACAAAUAUUAUCAAUACCAACAGCCACUCGAAUGGGAAAUGGCCAAAACAAUGAGCAGCAUCAUCAGCAGCAUCAGCAGCAUCGUCAUCAUCAUCAGCGGCAGCACUUGAGUAAAUAGAAAAUCAGCGUUCAGAAUCAAUACAGAAUCAAUACAAAUAGUGAGUGGAAGAUAGACGGAAAUUGAUUGUCAACAUUAUUCGGUGUCGCGCUGCCGAGCAAAGCCCUCAAUAGAGAUUGCAAAGAAACCACCGAAGCGAGCGACGAACAAAGGGAAUCCCCCAGCGAAGAAAUGGGCGGUAAGCAUCACGGAUCCGGCGGUGGAUCCGGAGGACCAGGAGCCUCCUCUGGAGGUGGCGGUAGUCUCAACUCGAGCCUGUGCAACUCGGUGCUGACAAAUGCCACAACGGCCAGCAACAGUCUUACGCAGCAGCAACAGCAGCUGCAGGCCAAGUACAUCAAGUCGAAGCGGCAUCAGAGCCGCUACACCAGCCUCCAGCAUCCUGGCCAUGAUUCUGGCAGCUAUCUGCACCUUAAUUCGCUCUGGUCCAUCUGGUAUGGGGUGUUGCUUACCCUGUUCCAGGGAUACCUGGCCAUGCAUGGAGCUUACAGGUUCCUAGGCUGCUCACUGAUUCCCUGGAAAAUAGAGCCCGUGGCCGAACUAAAUCUGCAGAUAGUGCUCUCCGGAGUGGUGUUCAUCCUUUUGCCAGUCUUUUUUACAUCGGCAGUGUUUAAGGUUGGCAACUUGGCGAACGAUGGCAUCAAACUGGCCACCGGUGCCAGGGAGCGACGGUGCACUCUCUCGCCGCAGGAUGGCCUCGAGGAGGAAUCGCGGGGCGGCACCCUGCGUGCUUUGUGGACACAUGGUGGACCCACGGCGGCUUUUGUUCACAUCCUGAUUGCCCUGUGCCUGCUCCUGCCCCGACUCCUGCUCGAGGCUCGCAUCAUUGAGAACGGAUUGCUGCCGAAAGAACAAAUUUGGGCCACUGAAUUGGACUUUGUUGUGAUCAAUCGACGCAAUUUGAUGGCCAUGUCGGUGGUGGGACCCACACCCGCAUCCGCAUCAGGAUCCUCCAAGCAGGAGGAGCAUCACUUCCACCAUCAACAACAGUCCACGCUGAAUCUAACCGCAACGAGUUUGGAGCAGGAUGAGGAAGACUACUUUAACGAUACCAUGUUCACGGCUCUCCGAGGAAAACAGGUCCCCUUCCCGGGCUCUGGUCCGGUUGUCGGAGGCAAUAACAACUUGUUCGACCUGCGACCCGACAAGACUGCUGCCGGCGGCAGGAAGGCGGCCAAGACAACGGCCACGACCAGGACAACUUCAACGCAACUGGAGGUUGGCAGGGGCCAGUACUUUGAAGUGCCCGAUUUAAUUAAUCAAGAUAUCGAUGAGGAGGAGCGCCAGGAGCUCGAGGAGGCCAUGCGGGGCGACAACGACGAUGACGACGGGGAGGAGCCGGAGCCGGAUCCGGAUGAGGGUACCGUCAUCAUGCCCGAUUUCGAUGAGUUGAUGCCAAAAACAACCGCUGGUGGCAACAAGUUGAAUGUGGAAAAUUGGCAGACACUCGGGACCCUCGGAAAGGAAAGGAGCACGACCAGCACCAGUACGAGUACUACUCCUUCCACAACCACAAGUACAACGACAGCCAGCACCACGACAACUACAACUACAACUUCAACUAGUAGCAGCACCACAACAACCACCACAGUGAAACCUGCUGUGUUGGCAACCAGCCGGCAACCGCAACACCAUCACCAUGGCAAGACCCGGAAGCACCACAAGCACCACAAUAAAAAGGGACAGCAGCAGACACCGCGUCGCCACCACGUGGCCUCACACGAACAGGCGAUCCUCGAGAGCUUUCCGGAGGAGGAGACCACCACCCGUGACAGCAGCAUUCAUCGCGUGAAACCGGAAGUUCUGCCCGAGGUGCCCAUUCCCUCGACACCCGUUUCCACAUCCAACUCCAAGAUUAUAGCCAUUAAGCCAAAGAAUCAGAAGCGAAGGAUCUCGAAACGUGCUGCCGGAGUGGAAAUUGAACCGGAGUACUUGCUAGGCGACUCCACCAUAAAUUCCAGCGAAUUUGUGGCCAAGUCCAAUGAGGAUGAGCCGGAGGAAAGUGAGGACUUUGAGCUGGAGGAUGGGGACUUUCAGGCAGUGCCUGCCCUAACCCCGGCUCCCCCAACGCCGGCACCUGGUAAGGGUGCUGGCCAGGAGUACGUCCGCUUGGAUGGCUUUGCCGGAAUGCUGCAGCUCUUCUUUGGCAUUGACAAGCCCAUCGAUGUGGCAAUUUUCUCGCAACCUCCCAGUGCGGAGUUUGUGAAUCUGUUGUGUGCAUUGCUGGUGUGGUCAGUUCGUUAUCCAGCCGUAUUUUGGAACACCUCCAAGGCCUUUGCGUGUGUCUUUAGCCUACAGAUGGUAGUGGCUGCCCUGGACAUCAUCCUGGGCUAUGUGGGAGUCUCGAAUUUGUACAAGCUGCAGAUUUAUGCCGAGGCCAUGCCUGUGCAUCAACCGGGUCUCAUUCUGAAUGCUGUGGUAACGCUUGCCUUGUACCUUCUCUCCACUGCCUUGGUUUUGGCCUCCUCGAUGGUGAUGUACUUGUAUGGACACGGACGCCUGGCCACAAGGAUGCGGGAUCGCUCGAUUAUCACAUUGAAGAGUAAUCAAACCUGGAUCUACUUUGCUCACUGCGCCUCCCUGUGCUUUGUCCUGGCUCUGGCGGUGGUAAAGGCACCGCUCCUCAAUGAUCUCAGUGCCACUUAUAAGAACAAUCUGCAUUGUCCUACGUUUUUAGCGGCUCUCGUUGGGGUGACGCACCUGCUCCUGUGGAUCGUCAUCUGGCUGUGCCUCACAAUCAAGCGGCGAUGGCACUUCAAGCUGCCUCCCCUGGAUAGCUCCUAUGGCGGUCUGCUGGGCAAGGCCAGUGCCCAGCCGCUCCUCAUGGCCAGCGGUCAGCGGACGGGCAGCAAUUCGAGCAGCAGCGGAUGCAAUUCCACCAGCACCACGGUGAAUGGAGGUGACUCCUCGAAGCCGGACAUGAUGAGCACCGCUACCAGCACGGAGCUGGGCAUGGGAAUGGGUGGCGGGGGUGGCGGAGGAGGCGUUGGGAGUGGGGUCAUGGGAUUGGCUGCCCAGGAGGAUAUCUAUUGGCCCAAACUGACGCCCAGUUCGCCCAAGCUGAAGGUCACCUUCAACGAAGUUACGAGUACGUCUGAUGAUGUCCUACUAAUUGGUGACCAAGAACAAACUGAUGGCAAGCGCCAUACGAGCCGUGGAGCCUCGAUAUGUUUUGCCAGUGCUGCGGGGGAAAUUGACGACGGCGAGUACGCGACACUAAGAGCAGCAACCGCCGGCGCCGUUGUGGGCAUCACAAUGGGCAGCAUGAAGACAGGCAGUGGUGGUGGCGUCAGUUCCACCUCCGUGGGGGUCAGUCUGCUCCAUCUCUCCGAGUACGAUGAACUACCGCCGCCGCCUCUGCCAUCGUCUUCAACUUCAAACCCCCAGCAACAGCAGCAGCAUCAGCAGCAGCGGCAUGCCCAAUCCUUUGCCCAUGGACAGCCCCAUACCCAUGACUAUGCCAACCUUAGUGGAUUGGGGGGCAUCAGCGACGACAACAUCUCCGAGGAGGGCAAACUGCUGGCCUGCGUAAGAGAUGACAGCAUCACCUACGCCUCCACCAGGGACUUGGAGCCUCCACAUCCGACCGCUUCACAGGCACCGCCUCCACCGCCGCCGCUGCCCGUCAAGGGUGGACCCACUCCACAGCCGCCGGCAUUGCAGCCUCACCCAGGAACAGUCAUCUAUGGCCGUGCUCCCCAAGCCAUGCCCGAGAUGAUGCAGUUGUCGCCAGAACACCAUCACCCCAAUCCACUUCAGCAUUCCCUGCAGCACCAGCAGCAGCAGCAUCCUCUCCAGCCGCAGCAGCAGCAGCCGCCGCCGCACCAUCCUCUCCAGCAGCAGCCGAGCAAUCCGCAUCAGCAUCUAGUCAGCCCCUUGGCACCGGUCACGGUCGCAGUUCACACCAACGAAGCGCAUAUCGCCUCCAGUUCCACACCCCGUUGCCUGCGACGCGCCGACUCGGGCGUUCCCAAUGAGGCGUUGACGCCUCGCAGUGACACCACCUCCACCACCGAGAGCACCAAUACCACAUCGCCGCCGGAGCGUGCCCCUUCCGAGUCCUCGAGCGGCGUUCACUCUGGCGAGGAGCGUGAACUGGAAGUCAUCAUAAGGCCGCGUGCCACCAGCAAGCCGCCACCGCGUCCCCCACAGCCGCCCAUCCAGGAGGAACCCUACGGUCGCUGCACCAACAUGCGUAUGUCCAGCUUUAACGCCGAUCCACCCACCAUCCCGUCGGCAGUCAUCAACAGUGCCACGUUGCCGUUGCAGCGAACGGUUCCCGAACAGAGAUUCGACUAUACGGCGCACUGCAGCACAAUGCCGCUGCCGGUGGGCUGCCACAGCCAGCAGCUUGCCGGGAGCGGUGGUUAUGCCUCCACCUCGGCGAUGACAAGCUCCAUGGGCGGCGGGGGGUGCAUGCCACCACCGCCGCCGCCGCAAGUGUCCAGCUUCAAGACACCCAGCUUACACUAUGCCAACGCAGCGGUGGCCCUGGGCAAUGGCAACAACAACGGUGGCCAGCAACCGCACACCACGCUGCCGAAUGGAGUGCGAUACUCGAAUCCACAUUUCCUGCGCCGCCUGCCGCAUGUGACCAAGGCGGCAGAGUCACCGUAUGGACAUCUGGGCUAUGGAGCCGGUCAUCAUGCAUUCGCCAAGCUGCCGCAUGAGACGCAUCCCACCAUUCCGGAGGAUCGUGAUUCGGCCAACUAUUCAAUGGCCUCGGACCAGGACUGUGGACUAUAUGUGACGGCUCAGCUGCACUAGGAUGGGAUGGGAGGAUCUACUAUACCUUACUAUAACCUUAGAUUCAUAGCUUUGCAAUACUAAUUGCGAUACGACAUACAAACCUAUUCAGUUAGCGAAAUACCAGUACUAUGUAAACAAUUAUUUUGCCAACAAAUUCAAUUAGAGAAGGAAUUCUCAAGUUCCAAUAUUGCAAGGAUAUUUUAAAAAUAUUUAAUGCAAGAAUUUUGACAUUUUCUGAGAAAGGAAAAGAUUUUUCUUUUAUCAAAGUGAAAUUGAAGCUGAAAUCACAUAGCAUUAGGAUUCUGGAAUGUCGUAUAGCUUAACCCGUAAUGUUCUAAGUUAGCCUCUCGGUUUUUUGUACAGCUCCCGGGCCCCUAAGAGAUGCCAUACCAAAUCCACUUAUCUUCCAAUGGAUCAGCCUGGUGACCGAAACAACCUUCAUUUGCUUUGCCCAAACGAUGAUCCACACACAAGAAUGUGGCACCAACCACAACCACUCAGAUGACCCACGCAGAAGAUUUACCAUUUAACUAUAUCUACAUCUAAACUAAACUAAACAUCUACGGCUAAAUCUAAAUAAAUAUAUAUUUAUAUUUAUAUUUAUACAUAUAUGCUAUGCUCGUAUACAAUGUGUAAGAUAAUAAGCUAAUCGUGUUUAAGUAAUCAAUGUAAACUAAAGUUUAUCAUAUCAUAUAUGAAUGAAUAUCUAUCUAUAGCUAAGUGUAAGGCCCUAACAUAUACAAAUCUAAUCUGAAAAGGAAUAAAAUAUCAUAGCUCGAUCACGUGCAAGCACUCAAAGUAUUUUCCCCUAAGCAAUUUCUCUAAUCGAAUCGAAGAAAAGCAAAAGAAAACAGAAGGAACAAAAGGCAUACGAAUUUAAGCUGCAAUUCUAUGGUUUUUACUGUAAGGAUACACACUGUAAAAUGGCAAAUAGUAAUUUUAUGGCACUAACUAGCCAAUAACACGUUAUUGCUUCUUCAGCUAGUCGGCAUAGAUGACAGAUAUACCCAGCAAGGCUUUCGGCGUAUGUACGAGUAUUUUCUAUCGUCUCUCCAAUGCUUACUGUUUAAGAAUGAAUGUAAAAUGUAAUGUAACAAAGCGACAAUAUGAAUAUAUUAUCUAAUGUAUGAUACUAAUGACAACUAUCCACGGCCCAUACAUACAUAUCUCACAUGCACAAGACUCUUGUCCUUGGACUCCACGCUCCCCAUACACCUGCUUAUUAAGUUUUUAUUUAUUGUGUGUCCCCGCGUAAGUAGAUAAAUAUCUUUUGAAUCGUAUGCUCAAUAUCGAUUUAUUCGAUAAAGUCGAAUCAGAUCAGAUCAAGAUAACCCCUAAAUAUCCUCUGAUCACACUCUAUAGAGAGCAUUCGAUAGACCGGUCGUAUUUAUUUUCGUUAUAAAGACUGAUUAGUAAUAUAAUACAUUUCGAAAUGCACUCCCAUCACAGAUUGUUUUUUUUUUAUUAGAAGAGAUCCGAAAAUAGCUUGAGAAAAUCAUAGCAAUGAUACGAUAGAGGAUAGGCCAUAAAUAUGUAUAGUUUAGUAUGUCAUCAUUAACUUGGUUCCUUUGUGAAACACGCACUAAACUAAACGAAAUAUCAGCAGCUAAAGAAACAAAAAACUUUUGUAAGAUAAUUUCAACUUAAUUAAAGAUUAAUUCAUAGGAAACAUCCAAAAGAUCUUGACUUAUUUAUUAACCUGGAUUAGGAUCUUUUCUGCGCCAGCGACACCACAUGGCGGCGCAUGCAUCUAAAAACAUUUAUAUUUAAAAUUAUAAAU